UACAAAGCAGCAGCAAGGCGGAAAUGUUACUGAUUAAAACUUCCUGAGAACAAAGGCAGUUUAACAAAAGGACACUUUAAUGUGCACAAAAAUAGAGACAAAGUAAAGCCUAACAAUAACGCAAAAAAAAAAAAAAAUAUAGCGGAAGUGUAACAAAGGACGCCAUUAAUAACUGGUGUCAUUCGAUUCCGGAACAGAAAAACUGCAAAUUUAACGGCUCACCCAACUUUCAGCCAAACCAGCUGAGGCGGCAAUAAAAAGUGGCAAAAGACAAUUAAUUGUUUGUCAUAGUCGCCUGGUUUCCAAGGACUCUAAAGUAGCAUCAUUAUAAUCAGAGGCAGCAAUAACAGAAACAAUCUACCAAAAGUUGAAACAAUAACUCCAUUCAGCGUCUAUUGUUUAUAUUAAAAUAAUUGUUUCAACAAACUUUCACAGUUUAGUCGGCUUUUAAAUAGAGUAACAUGGCACAAUACGGUGGAGCGGCGAAUCCAUUUGGUGCACCUAGUGGUGGCGGCGGUGGUGGUUAUGAACAACAACAGCAAGGCUAUGGUGGUUAUGGGCAACAAACAGGUGGCUACGAUCAAGGUGGAGGUUAUAUGCAAGAUACUGGUUAUGGACAAAACACAGCUGCUGGCUAUGGUGGCGGCAUGCCAUCUGCUGGUGGUGCACAAUCAUAUGCUGCACGACCACGUGUUGAUGUGGAGGCUAGUGGUGAAGUGGAUCCCACAUUAUACCCGGAAGCUAAGGAGUCAACGCACAAAAUUCGUGGACAUGCUGAUAUACUUGAAAAGUUUUUUGGUCCCACAGAGCAUGAACUCAUUCCUGUCAAAAGUUUUUAUUUUUUCUUUUAUGCUGCAUUUGGUUCACUAUUUCCUUUGAUGGGUGUUUAUUUCAAGCAAAUGGGCAUGAAUCCUGGUCAGUGCGGUAUUCUAAUUGGUAUGCGUCCAUUUGUAGAAUUUUUAUCAGCCCCAUUUUGGGGCUCAUAUGCGGAUAGAUGUCGACAAGGAAAGAAGUUGUUAUUGGCUUCUCUAGCAUCCUGGGUACUGUUUACUAUACCACUAAGUUUUAUCAGACCAGAAGCGGUGAAAUGCAUUGAACGCGUAAAUGAAACGGAUUUUGUACUCACAUAUACACGAACUAAACGAGAUCUUUCUGCUUUCGAAAUGGUAGAUUUCAAUGAUGAGAAUGUAGACAAUUUCUACAAAAAUGCAAUACUUCUUCCACUUGGUACAAUGCCAGCCGAUGAAGCUAUUGAGGAAUCGCAUAGUAGACGCAAACGCUCGAUUUUACCUCGUCUAGAUGCCGGUAUUUCUCCAAUUCAUAUAACAUUUGCCAGCAAUUACGACGAAAAGCAACAUCGAGAUUACGUUACUCCAAUAUUUUCAUCAAUGGUUUAUCGCACACCAGAUAUUCAAAAGGCUUUCUUUCUUUUACUCUUGGUUAUAUUGAUUGGAGAGUUCUUUAGUGCGCCGGCCAUAACGUUAGCUGAUUCUGCUGUCAUAACGCUACUAGGUGAAGAUGCUGAUAAAUAUGGUCAUCAACGUAUGUUUGGAUCCUUAGGCUGGGGUAUAUCAAUGUUUAUUGUUGGUAUAGCGUUGGAUCACUCCACAUCAUUUUCACAUCAUCCUUGUGGUGCUGGACAUAUGGAAAAGAACUAUAAUAUUUGCUUUCUUAUAUUUACCGUCCUUAUGGUUUGCGCCUAUAUAUCGGCUGCUAAAAUCACAUUCAAAUACGAUCCACUCGAUUUGGUUGAAAAACCUGCUGAAGAUAUAAUUGAUCCAAAUAAAAAAGCAGAAGAGGAAUCAAUGAACCAAUUAGCAGCGCAAUUAAAUCUGCCAUCAUUAGCAGUUGGCAGUGGCAGUACUGGUACUGGUGGUGGAGGUGCUAGUUUUUUAAAACCACCUACUGCUGGUCAAUCGGAUAUAGGUGCAGAGUCCAAAAUAUUUGCACAAACUACGAAAGAAAUGCCAGAAUGGAUGACUGUAUUAAUGCAUUUCAGAGAUUUGAAAACAGCGUCAUUUUUAUUUGUUGCCUGGUUUAUGGGAUUUGGUAUUGGUUUAAUAUUCACAUUCCUCUUUUGGCAUUUACAAGAUUUUGGUGGCACUCCCACUUUGUUUGGUAUUGCAUCGGUUAUAAAUCACGUGUCAGAAAUUUUUGCAUAUUUCUUCAGUUUUCGUUUGAUACAACAAGUUGGACACAUAAAAGUCUUGUGUUUGGGUUUGAUGGCCAAUGUUUUGCGUUUCCUGUAUAUUUCGUACACAACAAAUCCAUGGAUGGUAUUACCAUUUGAGUUAAUGCAAGGAAUAACGCAUGCUGCGGUUUGGGCUGCUGCUUGUUCAUAUAUAGCCCACAACACACCUAAACAUUUGAGAUCCUCAUCACAAGGUGUUUUACAGGGUAUUCAUCAUGGUUUGGGACGAGGAUGUGGUGCCAUUAUUGGCGGUAUGUUUGUGACAUAUUACGGUACAACAGCUACAUUCCGUUGGUACGGUAUUUGCUGUUUAUUUGUGCUCGGGUUCUUCAUAUUUGUUAAUUUCUAUCGGAAGGAGCAAGGAUUUAUAUCGGAGCUGCCUCAAACUGAGGACCCACAUCAAGUGGCUGAGGAAACUUCACAUUUGGCACCACAUGGAGUACCUAGCAAUCCUAUUCCUCGCGCGCUCUCAAAUACACGCCUCAACGAAAUGAAUCCUAAUGGUGGUACAGGAAAUACUUAUGGUACUUAUCAAACUACUGGUGGUAAUUUGGACAUUCCUGGCGGUAACGUACAUAAUCCAUUUGCGCAGUAAGUUGAAUACUUGCGCUAAGUACAGAUAAACUUGGUUUUAAAAAUACAAAAUUGUAAGUUUCGAGAUGUUUAGUCUAUAGGUAUGUUGGGUUAUUUCAUAUAUUGUGAGUUUCUUGAUUAUUAAGAAGGAGUAUGGUUAAGUGAAUUAAUGGAAAUGAUAUAUAUAUUUGUAAGCUAAUUGUGGUAAUAUAUUCUUUAAUAUUCAGUUUGCUUAAACUUUAGUAUAAUUAAUAAAUAUUUAUGCUAGAUUCCAACAGGGACAUAUAUUGGUUAAUCUUUAUAUAUAGUUGUAUAUAAUAGAACAAGACCUGUUCAUAUAGUAUAAAUUGUGACCUUAAAUUCAUUAUAAAAUUAUUUGCAGAGGUUUCUGCAUUAAAAAAAAUUUAUUUUUGUACACAUGUAGUCUCCAAAUUCUGAGAUCAGUUGCUCAAAGAAUAACUAUGCUAGAAAAGUCAAGACAUAUGGUAUGUAGGAAUAAUAAGAAUCUGCCUGAUUCACUUUAUUAAUAAAUAGUUUUAAUAGAAAUUUAGAUAAAGCAUACCUGCUUCCCUGAGGUAGUCAAACUAAGGGGUACCUCAGAUUGCUUGUUUAGUAAUAGUGCUUUCGUCCAAAGACCAUUCCAAAGACCAUUUUUGAGAGUGGGAUAUUGACUAUUUUAUUGCAAAUAGUAUAACUACUUCAUUUUUUGAAAAGCGCAAAAUAUUCCUUGAACUAGUUCGGAUCUAACCCUUACCGAUCCCAUCAGUUGAUAAGUUGUAGUGGUUUUAAUUAAACUGCUGUGGAUAACUUUUAAACAUUGUGUAAAACUUUAGUUACUAGUAAAAAAACAUGGUUUAAUCAUAAAAUAAGAUUAAUACGUCUCAAGAAAAUUAUAUAGAUAUCUGUCAGUAGUGUACAACAUACAAAUUCGGGCAACCUUGGCGACAGCAAAUACUCUGAACGACUGUAGGAAGCUGUUACUCUGAAAUAUGGCGAUUAUAUGCAUUAAAUGAUUACAAAU